AUCAUCACCUGAGAGAUCCGUCCCAACAAUACGGACCAAGCCCAAUAAACCAGGGUUUUUGUAAGGAAAAUCCCCGUCGUUCUCGCGUCUGGAGCUCGGCGGCGGAGCAGGGCGGCAGGGGGAGGGCGAUGGAAUUCUGCCCGGUGUGUGGGAUUCUGCUGCAGAUCGAUCCGGGCACCGGAAGCCACCGCCUGCGCCUCUUCUGCCCCGUCUGCCCCUACGUCUGCCCCAUCCUGAACAAGAUCGUGAAGAAGGCGAGGUUGGUCAAAAAGGAGGUGGAGCCCAUCUCCAGCACGGCGGAUGAGAUGAAAUCGGCCCCUAAGACCGCAGUUACAUGCCAAAGAUGCAACCAUGGAGAAGCAUACUUCAAGCAGAUGCAGAUUCGAUCAGCUGAUGAACCGAUGACAACAAUAUACAGGUGUUGCAAAGAAGAAUGCCAGCAUGAAUGGAGAGAGGACUGACCAUAGCAUUCGCACUUUGCUUACACUUCGCUCCCUGUGCUUCUUCAGUUUUGAGUGUUGGGAUGUCCUGUUGCACAUGUAAUGCUUCUAAUCAGCGUAUACUUAAGUACAAAUUUUUGGAAAUGUAUGUUCUAUACUAUGGCAUCGCUUUUUGGCUGCAAAAGACAUUGCAUGACACAUCAUCUAGAGUUAUUUGUGAUGAUGAUCUCAAUCAUCAGUGAGAGCUCACUUAAAAAAAUUCAUUGAGUU